UACAUCCAAGGCACAGUUCUAUUGAAUUUCUGAUAGAAUGAAAGUGGUCUUCGUGUGUUUGUUAUUACUGUAUACAGUAUGGGCGUUACCUAGGGUAGACCCACUCGUGGAGACUAAGAAAGGGUUGAUAAGAGGGUUGCAAGCAACUGAUGGUGAUUAUUCAAUGUUCCUAGGCAUACCUUUUGCUAAAGUUAAUGCUAGUAAUCCAUUUGGGCCAUCUCUCCCAUACCCGGAUUUCGAUGACGUGUUCGAAGCUAACGACGACACCGCCAUCUGUCCGCAAAGAGAAGAAUUCAACAAUCAAUUAGUUGGAACCUUAGAUUGUCUACACUUAAACGUAUACGUCCCUAACAAAGCUACAACAAGGAACAAACUCCCUGUCCUCGUAUGGAUAUACGGAGGUGGAUUUACCAUCGGUUUCGCAGGUCGUUUCGUCCACGGCCCAAAAUACUUAGUAAAACAAGACAUUAUUCUAGUCACAUUAAACUAUAGAUUAGGGCCAUACGGUUUCAUGUGUUUAGACACUCCUGAAGUACCUGGUAACCAAGGAUUAAAGGAUCAACUAAGCGCUUUACGCUGGGUGAAACAAAACAUAGAUUCAUUCGGUGGAGAUGCUAACAAAAUUACAAUCUUCGGUGAAAGCGCUGGAGGCGUGUCUGUCGACUACCAUCUUCUUUCUGAACAAGAGAAACUAUUCAAUCAAGUCAUAUUGCAAAGUGGUACAGCACAAUGCCCUUGGGCUGUAGCAGAUUCUGAUAGAAGUACACCAUUAGCGCUCGCAAAACGCCUGGGUCUAGAUACGGACGACGUAGAGGAUGCUUUGAAAUUCCUAGCCACUGUCGAACCUAACCUAGUAGUAGCCGCUUCCUUAGAAAUACCAAAUAGGUUUGUGCCUUGCAUAGAAAAAGAUAUAGGUGUAGAGAGAUUUAUAACCAGUCAUCCAGUUAACAGUCCAAUACCUAAAGCUAAAGAUGUCUUGAUCCUUACUGGAUAUAACAACCAAGAGAUGCUGGUACCAUUUGUCAAUAGACCAAUUUCAUCGCUUAGUCUAAACACGUUUAGAAGAAAUUUAGCUAUGAUGUUUGAUUUGAGUGACGACGAAGAAUUGGAGUCCAUUGUCCGACAAUUCUAUGUCGGUGAUGACGAAGUAAGUGAAGAGAUCAGAUGGGAUCUUAUGGAUUUCGAAUCUGAUUAUACCUUCGGCCAUCCGGUACAUAGAAGUUUACAUAAAUAUCUUGAGAACGGUGGCAGAGUAUACCACUACAUCUUCUCAUAUGCCGGUGGCAGAAACUUUGUCAAAUACAGAAAUAACGUCACCAUAGGUGGGGCGUCUCAUGCUGAUGAGAUUAGCUACCUAUUCGACGUGGCUAUAUUCAAGGAAUCACCAUCCGAAGAAGACCAACUGAUCAUAGAUAGAAUAACCACGUUAUGGGCCAAUUUUGUUAAAUACGGGGACCCAACACCGGAGACAACUGACCUUUUGCCUGUAAAAUGGACUCCAAUCACUAAAGAUGCAUUUACCUAUCUGGAUAUAGACAGAGAGCUGACCAUAGGGAGUCGACCAUUCCACAAAAGGACGACAUUCUUGGAUCUAUUUUAUAAAGCCAACAAACAUUUGCUGAUAGCUAACAAGGAAAACUGAAAAACUACCUUUAAAUGGAAAACGACUAAAAUUUUUUGAUUGUUAAUAGCAAGAAUAAACUUUUUUUGAUACCAA